CGGCGGUAAUGCUCCAUAACGCUGAAUACCACCCGCUAUAAAACCAAAACGAAGAAGAAGAAAAGGACCAAUCAGAGAGUGACACGUCACACUUCCUGUGUAGGGUGCAUGGAGCUGGUCAGCUAGCAGCUCUCAGAUAUCCACCAUGGCUUCUCGAGCAGGUCCGAGAGCAGUAGGCACAGAUGGCAGUGACUUCCAGCACAGGGAGCGGGUUGCCACACACUACCAGAUGAGCGUCGCCCUGAAGUCUGAAAUCCGUAAACUCAACAUCGUCCAUGUGCUGAUCUGGGUGCUGAUGGCAGCUCAGGUGACAGUGAGCCAGUUGAGUCUGGUGUCCCACAAGGUCGUAGCCUCUCCGUACCAGUGGGAGUACCCCUACCUGCUGAGCAUAGCCCCCACAGUCUUCAGCUUCCUGGCGUUGCCCCGCAACAACAUCAGCUACCUGGUGAUCUCCAUGAUCAGCGCCGGGCUCUUCUGCGUGGCCCCUCUGAUCUACGGCUGCAUGGAGAUGUUCCCCGUGGCGCAGCAGCUCUAUCGGCACGGCAAAGCCUACCGCUUCAUCUUCGGCUUCUCCGCCGUGUCGAUCAUGUACCUGGUGAUCGUCAUCGCUGUGCAGGUGCACGGCUGGCAGAUCUACUACAGCAAGAAGCUGCUGGACCAGUGGUUCACCAGCACGCAGGACAAGAAGAAGAAAUGAGCGUUUGUUUUUGGAGACCAGUCACUGAACCUGUAGGUUGAGGCCAAGAGAAGAGACUCUCAGAAAUAUCGUGGUCCUUCAUCAUCUUUUUCUAUAUUUAUAUUGACAGUGAUAACAUCAUUGUUGAGUUGUAUGCAGAGAAUCAUUCCCUGGUCUGCUUGUGACUGCUGCCAUCACUCUGUACAUUAAUCCUCAUUCAGAAUAAUAAAUGUUUGUUUGUACCUCGUUACUUCAGGUACUGACAGUGUUAACAGACCAGAGAAUAAUGGAAGAAGACUGUAAUCACAUGUAAGUUGAUGUUUUGGAAACCAGAAAUAAAUUUGAAUAUUUGACUGG